AACCCGGUUUGGGUGCCAGCGUUAUGUACAAUCUUCUCUAUAAUAAACCACAAAAACUUAUGUUAUUGGCCGGUUGUAGUACCGUCUGUACAACAGUAGCAGAAGCCGCAAAAAUGUGGAAUCUUAUUGUGCUUUGUUAUGGCGCCUCAUCACCAGCUUUAUCGGAUCGCAGCCGCUUUCCCACAUUAUUUCGUACCCAUCCAUCGGCUACCGUUCAUAAUCCAACUAGAAUUAAGUUAAUGAAGAAAUUUGGCUGGUCUCGUGUUGCCAUUUUACAGCAGGCGGAAGAAGUUUUUAUAUCGACGGUUGAAGACCUUGAGAAUCGUUGUAUGGAAGCAGGAAUUGAAAUCGUUACAAGACAAUCAUUUUUAUCCGAUCCAACUGAUGCUGUACGGAAUUUACGGCGACAGGAUGCUCGUAUUAUUGUUGGCCUGUUUUAUGUGGUGGCAGCCAGGCGGGUGCUCUGUGAAAUGUACAAACAGCAGCUGUAUGGCAGAGCAUAUGUGUGGUUUUUUAUAGGCUGGUACGAGGACAACUGGUAUGAAGUCAAUUUAGAAAAUGAAGAUAUUUCAUGUACUGUCGAACAGAUGCGUAUGGCUGCUGAAGGUCACUUAACCACGGAGGCCCUGAUGUGGAAUCAAAAUAAUCAAACAACCAUAUCGGGGAUGACAGCUGAUGGAUUUCGUUUACGUUUAAAUCAAGCCUUGAAAGAAGAAGGUUUCGAUAUUAGCAAUGAUCGUUAUCCAGAAGGUUAUCAGGAAGCGCCAUUGGCAUAUGAUGCCGUAUGGAGUGUGGCAUUGGCCUUUAAUCGUAGCAUGGAAAGACUGAGGCAUCGCAAUAAAACCUUAAAGGAAUUCACAUACAACGACAAAGACAUAGCUGAUGAAAUUUAUGCAGCGAUGAAUUCAACGCAAUUUUUAGGAGUAUCGGGUGUUGUGGCAUUCAGCUCUCAGGGAGAUCGUAUUGCUUUAACGCAAAUUGAGCAAAUGAUUAAUGGAAGAUAUGAAAAAUUGGGUUAUUAUGAUACCCAAUUGGAUAAUUUGACAUGGUUGAAUUCCGAACGAUGGAUAGGAGGAAAGGUUCCUCAGGAUCGUACAAUUGUAAGACGCGUUUUACGCACCGUAUCGCUGCCAUUAUUUGUCUGUAUGUGUACAAUAUCGUGUUGUGGUAUAGUUGUAGCAUUAGCCCUAAUUAUCUUUAAUAUAUGGAAUAAACAUAGAAGAGUAAUACAAUCAUCACAUCCUGUAUGUAAUACAAUUAUGUUAAUUGGCGUUAUUAUCUGUUUAACAUCCGUCAUUUUAUUGGGUAUCGAUGGACGGUUUGUUAGUCCAGAUGAAUAUCCUAAAGUGUGUCAAGCUAGAGCUUGGCUAUUAUCCACCGGUUUUACAUUAGCUUAUGGUGCUAUGUUUAGUAAAGUCUGGAGAGUACAUCGAUUUACUACGAAAGCGAAAAGAGAUCCAAAAAAGAAAGUGGAACCUUGGAAACUAUACACCAUGGUAUCGGGUCUAUUAUCCGUCGAUUUAGUAUUACUGAUAGCAUGGCAAAUAUUCGAUCCACUGCAAAGGAUAUUGGAAACAUUUCCGCUCGAAGAUCCAACAUCGACAAGUGAUGAUAUUAAAAUACGUCCAGAAUUGGAGCACUGUGAAAGUGAAAAGAAUUCCAUGUGGUUGGGCCUUGUCUAUGGCUACAAAGGUUUAAUUUUGGUAUUUGGCCUUUUUCUGGCCUACGAGACACGUUCAAUAAAAGUGAAACAGAUUAAUGACUCGCGCUAUGUCGGCAUGAGCAUAUAUAAUGUGGUGGUAUUGUGUUUAAUCACGGCACCGGUGGGGAUGGUGAUUGCAUCACAACAGGAUGCAUCAUUUGCCUUUGUGGCAUUAGCUGUGAUAUUUUGCUGUUUUUUGAGCAUGUUAUUGAUAUUUGUGCCAAAGGUUAUUGAAGUCAUACGGCAUCCAAAAGAUAAAGCCGAAUCGAAAUAUAAUCCCGAUUCGGGCAUCUCGAAGGAGGACGAAGAACGUUACCAGAAAUUGGUAACGGAAAAUGAAGAAUUACAACGACUGAUAUCACAGGUAAAAUAA